AUGAAGGGCGAAAUCAGUCUCGCAGAUGCCCUGGAGCGAGUCGAGUCGUCCAGCAUUAAGGGACGGACGGAAGGCCUGGCCGAUCUAAAGCACGUACUCCGAGCCAACAACCGAUUCGAGACGCUUUCGGACGCCUCCUUCCACAAGAUCUAUGAGGUCCUCUUCCGCUUAACUGUCUCUGAACAAUCAGCUGCCCUCAAGCCCAAGACCAGCCUUACCAAAUCUGCCGCAGAGAACCGGCUCUCGGCUUGCGCGGCUGCCCUCCGAGCGUCACUGGAGAAGGGUGUGAGAAUUAUCAAGCUCAAGACCACCCUGGUGCUUGCUAACGGCAGCUUUUGCGAGCCUAUUGCCCUGGACUACGCCAAAGGACUGAGAGCAUUGCUCAGCUACCAGGCACAUGUGGAACACCUGGAGCAGGAGCAGCGAGAACGCCUGGCGCUGUUCUGUCUGGAAUGUGUCAAUCGUGCGAGCUCAGACAGUGAUGAUGGUGGUGAUGCAGAGGCUGGUGCUGAGGCCAUCUCAGUCUCAGGAACUCUCAAUGGCCACAGCUACCGGUCUUCAAGGUCGCAAUUCAAGGAGUCUGCAGGUUCGCAAGGGGGGCGGUCUUUAGGCAGGCAGAUAGUCGAGGAAAUGGUCGCAUGCUUAGGCUUGUUGACCGCCCCUGCCAACACACGAAGUGGUCCAACGCUGUCCACCAUACUUUGGGGCCAGAUUGAGCUUCUGAAGAGGUCAACUUCCAACGCACGCUCUCACACGGACGUUUUUGGCGUGAUUAACAACAUAUUGGCCUUGAGCAGGACAGAGAACAUCGAGCUCACACGCAAAGUCACCAUUCCACUUGUUCGCCUUGUACGGGUCUACUGGCCCGUCAAAUCCUCGCUAGCUUUGAAAGACGAGAUGCUGAAGACACUACUCUAUCUGCGCCCGUACCUUGCGUCAGCACUUGCGGCAGGCGAUAUCACUGCUCGAUCGGAGACAAAGGGACUUCUCGACGUAGUUAAGUCGGAGUACAGCAAGCGUCAAGAAAAGGAGCAACUCCAUCUCGAAGAUCUGCGAUUGCACUUUGGUCAUGCCGACGCCCACCAAAUCGGACUCAGUGUAUUCAGCCUGCGCUGUGGAAACACAAGAGCCGAAGCGAAUUGGGUGACAGUGCACAUGCUGGCAUCGCUUCACGGCUUGCUGUCAGCCUGUGAAGACGAAAAGGAAUCCGACGAAGAGGAGGACAUCAAUCCUCGACCUCGAAAACGCCUGAAACUCACCAAUGAGAUUGGAACUCUCAUGAGUACAUCAACGAACGAUCCCACCCCAUCGCGGCUCUGCACACUCCAGCUAAUGGCUUUCACCGCCCAGCAAGCAAGGUUUUCCGGCAAAAGAAUUGGCAUUUCGAUUGACGGCCUCUCGCCCAGCUGCACGGAUGAGAACCCCAUUAUUGCUUCAUGGGCGAUGCUGGCGCUCACCAGUCUUGCUUCGCAGAUUACAGCUUCCGAAGAACGCUUAUCCAGCCGUUGGGCCUCUGUCUGGCAGCUCGCUUCAAGGGCGAUGAACAAUGCCAGUACAUGCCGUGCUGCAUGCCAGCUACUCCUAGCCAUGCUUAAGGCGAGCAUUCCGUCGCAGCAGAAUAUCGCCGAGCUGACUGGCGUGUUAACGCACUCCAUCGACGUCAACGGACCAGCGUCGUUAGCGGACUCGGUCGCACAUCUUCUUACGCAGGUGCUCCGGACUGCCCAGCAGGUCAACCCGACUUCUGCCACUGCAACAGCCAAGAGUGCAUUGAAUUGGCUUUUCCGGAACUUCUCGCCCAGUAUGUUCGAAGACAAGCGAUACGCAAGCCUGCACAUCCUUUUGGAGCCGGCUGAUGUGGUUCAACUCAUUGUCAGCUGUCUCGGUCAAUCUGGACAUCGUUUGACGACGCCGCAGUUUCCCACCUGGAUGUCAGUCGGUAGCGUGUGGCUGUCAUGUGAGAAGCAAGAGAGUCUACUGGAGUAUUUGCUCUUGCUACCCAAGCCUGCCCUUGCCACCCACGACCUUUCUAAUCUGUCCGACACCUCGUUGGUAUCGUUGCCCAACAGAGCAGGCUGCGAAACAAAUACUUUGGACCACCUGAUCGCAGAUUUACGGCGAGCCCAGGAUACGUGGUCUCCAAUGAUGCGCGAGAAACCAUUAAGUAUCAGCGUUGACAUGUUCACAUAUCUCUGCAGUUCUGUCAGCGCUGCGAUAUGCGUCGCUUACUGCAACUCCUUUCGAGACCAAAGGAGACAGGACCAGCUACAACGGCAGGCUCAUAGCCUACUUGAUCAGCUUGUUGAGUUCGUACCGAGCCGUGAUUGUGGCCAGGACAAGGUUGACUCGAUGCUCAUGACCUUUUCCUCCGCAUGCUCGAAGCUUUUUGCAGAUACAUACCAUGCAACGCCCUGCAAGUGCGAAGUGGAGCUUUGUAAAGCCAUUCACCAAGCAUGCGAACGUAGACGCAGUCAAGAGGACUCCAAAGGAGCCCAUAGCCAGGCCGCCAUGGAUUUUGAUGAUGAAUACGACUCGCAAGACAGCAGGCAAGGCCAACAGACGACGACUCUGCCGGACCUCAAGCAUGAAGCUGCUGCCAGCUACAGUGUACUUGCAAUGCGUUCGAGUGUGACAAUGUACGCCGCGGCUGUGUCAAGGUUAGAGCAGGAGCUCUCUCCCCCGGACUCGGGCUCAGCAUCCAUGGUCGACUACGUCCUUUCACUUCCACGCGACACGAUAUUGUCGGGUCGCUGUGUCGUGGCACGGUUGCCUGAAAUCGGAGUGAGCCUGCUUUCGGAUGAAGUCGAGCGCCUACUGGAAUUCUGCACAGAGGAAUUCUUGCAAGCCUACGCCUACGAACGCUCCGAGGUCGCCACUGGAGUGCUGCUUGACAUCAUGUCUAGUCUGGCUCCGCAGUGGACAAGCCCGACUCAAACGUCUUUGUACGAUCUGGGCAUCGAUAUGUACGUAUGGUACACGAAGACGGCAUUGACUGGCGGGAUCCUGUCACCCAGCGCGCAGAGGAGAGUUGCGACUCUACUGCUUCAACUGUGCCAUGGGAACACCGACUACGGGUAUGACGACGAUGUCCCUUCGCCCAGGACCAGCUUGUUCAAGCUUCUUCAGCUUGGCAGCAUCACGGUUCUAUUCCACGUGGCAGACCAGAUCCCGUCGCUUUUCGGCCUUUUCGUGUUGUCAAAUCACGCUCCCAUGUUCGACGACUUGCAGGAGAGUCUGCCUUCGACGACCGACUGGGUGGAAGGCAUGGCGAUGCGGCUACUGUUUUAUCAGAAACUGGCAUCUGCAUGGCGCUCACUACUUCGACAAUCAGUGUACUAUAUCUUUGAGACUGCCGGCCUCGCAAAAGAAACUUCGAAGCAUGCAGCACGCUGCGCCACGGACCUCUCUGAGGCCCUUGGACUUGGCUCUCCUCAGGAAUUGUUCCACCUGUUCGCACCUCAAUUGCUUCAUACCUGGCUCGAAAGCAGGAAGAUCACUGACCUGCCUUUCGCCGUGUUCCAAUAUGAGUCCUUGGAGGCCUUGAUCAUGCACAACCGGUCAGAACUCACAGCUCAGUUAUUAGUCAGGAGCAAUGAAGACGGAAUGCAAGUUGCCGCAGCUGCGCUCAAGAUGGAAAGUCCUGACUUGGUCAUGCGGUCCUUUGCUCAAUGUCGAGCGUAUGGCAUAGCAAUGGACUCACGCAAAUUUGCGGGAUCAAACGAGGACACCUGCGAGGCUCGGCUGCGAAAGCUGAUUGGUAAGGAGGCGCUCAAGACUUUUACGGUGGCACAGGCGCCGGCAAUCCUGGGUCAAUUCUACCUCUCCUUACAACAAGACGAUGUGGACCCCAAGUGGUCCGAGAAACGCAAAGAAUACGCCCCUGCGACCAACGCACUCAGCGAAAUGAAAUCGAUAAGUCACUCCGAAAGGUUUGUCCCGGACAGUCAGCAGCCAAAUUUCAGAAGCCGAUAUCUGUUCGAUCAGAUCGAGCGGUUGUGCCGAAGGACUUCACAGAACUCAGCCCAGCCAUUGGAUGCUUCAUCCUUCUCGCUGGCUGCACGGAUGCUUCUCGACUCUAUCUGUGACGCCUUGGGGCCAUUGCACACUUGCCUGAUCAUCAGGAAGCUACGGCUCCUGAUUGCUAUGAGUGGAGAUGUGCCUUUCUCAGGCUUCCCACUGGAGAUGCUUGUACACACCCUGCGACCGUAUCUGAGUGACAGCCAGUGCGCUGACGAUGUCAUUGGCAUUCUGCAAUACCUGUUCAAUCACGGCCGGCAAUAUUUGCGGGCCCAGCCUUCCUUCCUGUUCGGAACCAUUACACUCAUCAUAUUGAGGAUGCGAAAGCAUUCCGUGGCCAGACAGGAGAGCACAACGCAAGAGAGCCAGCACAGGCAAACAGUGCAAAGGAUGCAAGCCUUUCAGACGUGGCUUGUCGAUUACCUGCGAAAGUGUACUGAGCACAUCAAGUCACGAACUCUGGCCAUGUACUCCAGCUUGACCGACUCGCUAGGACGUGUACGCCUUCCUGGAAACGCGCACAAGGAUUCUCCGGAAAGCUCACUCAUUCUUAUGCUUCUCGACGACGGUACUGCUGAAAUAGCUGCUUUCUCGUCUGCAGAUCGUGAUGAAGCACUCGUCAUGCUGUCCGAAAACUUCGAUCCGCCAUCCUCGCCGUCUGAGGACUGCCUGUCUGGGGAUCACGACUGCGUGAGAUUGGCACACAGUGUGUGGACGGCAAUGCACAUUCCGGGAGUGGAUGAUAACUUCAUCUCGUGGGCUGCAAGUGUGGUUGGGCGCGCCUACGCAUCCACCGGCCUUCGUCCGGUCAGCAGGCAUAGCUCGGAUAAGUACCUUGGCCCAGUUGCACUCGAGAAGUACGAAGGCGUAGGAAGAUCAGUGGCUGCUAUUGCGAAUCGGCUAUCAGCAAUGCUCUAUUCGCGAAAGCGUCAAGAGGCCAGCCUGGCAGAUCAUACUUUGCGCAGCGUCGUACAAUCAUUCACAGUUGCAGAAGAAGCCAUCACCUUUGAGCAAAUGUUACCAAGUACGAUUGUGCCUGCGUUUAUCGCUGGGCCAUACGGAUAUGUGCCCGACUUCGCUGCACUGCCUUCCGACCUGCCGGAGGAUCCUGAUGCUCUGCGUCGCAUACUGGCCUCGACGCAUGGUCCAGAUCUGAGCAUUUGGGUGCGACAGCUCAGCUUGGCUCUCUGUCGGCGAGCAAAUGAGGCUGCUGUUCUUCCGGCCUUGCAGGCAGCACUUCGAAAUGAUGUCGAUCUUGCGAUGGAGCUGCUGCCCUAUAUCGUCCACAUCUUGCUUGCACAAGAGCUCGAUCAGGAACAGGUACUUCGCUCUCAGCUCUCUACAGCAUUUGCGACGCACCUGCGGAUCGCCGACGAAGAAUGGCUCCCUAGGCAGAGGUACAUCCUCAAGUUACUAUCGUUCCUACGAAGCCAGCAACUGCCAAACGAGACAACUGACGCUGAUCGUCUACGCUGGCUUGAAAUUGACUGGGUUGGCGCUGCGCGAGCUGCAGAGAGAUGCGGCAUGCACACCAUGGCCCUGAUGUUCGCAGAGUCAGCAUCACAGGCGUCUGGUGGACCCAGACGGUCGUCGAGCCGCGCUUCGCUGUCACAGAUUUCGAUCGCGCAGAUUCCUCGGGACCUACUUCUGUCCAUCUUCAAAGCCGUAGAAGAACCCGAUUCCUACUAUGGCGUUGAGCAACCUGCAGCCCUGGAAUCUGUUCUCGAACGACUCGACUAUGAAGACAGCGGUUACAAAAGCUUGAUGUUCCGCUCAGCUCAAACAAAUAACGACAUUCAACGCUUCGGCAAGAUUGGCCCGGACAACAGUCGUGGGAUGGUCCACUCCUUGUCACUCCUGAACCUAGACAGUCUGAACUUUGCACUGCUUUCGAAUGGAUACGAGUCCGCGAAGUCCUCUACCGAGCUUAUGGAGACCGCACGUCGUUUGCAACAAUGGGACGUCGUUGCGCCAGAACAGGAAACCUCUGGUGCUGCAUCCUGUUGUUUCUCCGCCUUCAGAGAAUUGAGCCGCGCAGUCGACUAUGCUUCUGCUGACCGGAAACUGGGGUCUAUCAUCGUGACACACACGAAGUCUGCGAGCGACCGGCUGGCACAGAGUCCGUCGAGCGACUUCUUGAGUGCUCUUGCGGUCCUGGUGGAGACCCGUGGCAUCGUAGCAAGCCGCACCCAAGAUUCCUUUCGUAUCUGUUGGGAGGAAGUGCGCGCCCGCCAGGCAUGGAUGAAGAUGGCUCCGUUCGAAGACUUCCGCCUGAUCCUUUCCUGCCGCCAGACCUUGUUAAGUAUCAUGGCUCAAAACAAGGUCUUUGGGGAUGUCGUCGGCUCGAAGCAAAGCCGCAAAGCCGAGAUCGAAAGCCUUGUCGACAUCGCUCAGUCUGCUCGACAGCACGGCCAUCUUCAAGAGGCGUUGACUGCGAUGAGUCAGCUCAAUAACUCAGUACGAUCGGCCGAGCAGCUUGGUGUCAAAGCCAAUACAGUCGCCUUGGUCGAAACAGCAUCUGUUCUUUGGCAAUCUGACGAAGCCGUUGCCUCCGUACAAAUGCUACGUGACGCGCUCGAGGUACGCAAGACUGGCAAAGAAGACAUCUCAGUCGAUCAACCUGGUCUGCUCGCUCAGCUGGCCCAUCAGUUGGCGGAGGCUCGCCUGGAAAAGCCUGACGAUAUACUGUCAGCAUAUCUCCAGCCGGCAGUCAACGGUCUGCAAGGGCGCGAGAUGGGCGAAGAAGCUGGCAAAGUCUUCCACGAGUUCGCAACAUUCUGCGACCGUCAGCUGCAGAACCCAGCAAACGCUGACGAGCUCAGUCACAUCACGAAGCUUCGUUUGAAGAAGUGGCAGGAUGUGCAAGACCUCCAGCCGUUGGCCAAAAAUUCCAAACCGAACGACAACGAAACUCGCAAGGCAUAUAAUCAAGCAAAGUCGUGGUAUGCCUUGGACGAUGCGGAAUACCAGCGGCUCACGAAGACAAGGGACACAUUUCUGGAGCAGAGCUUGCAAAACUACAUGCUUGCCUUGUGCGCAUCUGACGAGCAUGAUAUCUCCGUCUUGCGAUUCUUUGCGCUUUGGCUCGAGUAUUCGGAAGCUCCAAACGUCAACGAAGUGGUCGAAGUCCACCUUCACCAGGUGCCAACCUGGAAGUUCGUGGUGCUGAUGAACCAACUCAUGCCGCGGCUGCUGCAGGACAAGAGCACCUUCCAAACGACUCUCAAGAAGUUGGUGCGACGUAUAUGUGCAGAGCAUCCGCACCACAGCCUCCAUCACCUCUACGCAGCUACCAGGAGCCCUAAGGCCACGGACGAAGCGGCUGUCUCCAGAUAUCAAGUUGCUGCAAAGAUCCGGACUGAAGUCCAAGGCCUACCCAAGGUCGGCCCAUUUUUGAAAAGUGUCUUCUGUGCUAAUGGCUUGCUUAACAAGCUAGCCUGGGCGACCCCGAAUGAACAGAGAUCCAACUCCCAGGUUGCCUUGCAAGACAUGCCCGAUGCUUUCAACGUUAGCAACCAGGUGCCACGAUGCAAGGUCCCCCCAACCACCUUCAGCGUUCCAAUCAGGCCCAAUGGUAGCUACGACGACAUUCCAUUCAUCACCAAAUAUCGUCCGGCUGUGCGGAUCAUGACGGGCAAUAGUCAUCCGAAACGGCUUGAUGCCAUUGCUUCUAACGGACGCACGUACAUCGAGCUGUUCAAGAGCGGUGAUGACCUUCGUCAGGAUGCGAUCAUGGAACAGAUCUUUGGCGAAGUGAGCAAAAUGCUGCACAACCAUAAAACAACACGGCAAAGGAACCUUCACGUGAGGACCUACAGCGUUGUUCCGCUGUCGUCACAGUCCGGCGUCAUUGAGUUCGUGCCAAAUUCCGUGUCUCUGACAGAUUACCUUUCACCAGCUCAUCAGAGGUACCACCCACAAGACUACAAGUAUGGAACGGCUCGGGACAAGAUCGCUGCCGUCGCCGGCCAAACCACGGACACCAGGGUCAAAGAGUACCGCAAGGUGUGCGAUCAUCUGCAGCCGGUACUUCGGCACUUCUUUUUUGAACGCUUCAAGGAUCCAGAUGAGUGGUUCGCAAAGCGCACUGCGUAUACCCGAACGACAGCCGCCAUUUCGAUCCUCGGUCAUGUUCUGGGCCUAGGCGACCGGCAUUGCCAGAAUAUCAUGCUGGACGAGAAGACUGGCGAGGUGGUGCACAUAGAUCUUGGCAUCGCUUUCGAAGGUGGCAAGGUGCUACCUGUGCCGGAGAAGGUACCAUUCCGCCUGUCACGGGACGUGGUCGACGGCAUGGGGAUCACAAAGACGGAGGGUGUGUUUCGAAGGUGCUGUGAAUUGACAAUGGAUGCUCUGCGGGACGACAAGGACAGCAUCAUGACGCUUCUGAACGUGCUGCGGUAUGAUCCGCUCCAUGUCUGGACGGUCUCGCCGUUGAGAGCAAAGCGGAUGCAGGAGCAGGUGAAGCGGUCCGCAGCAGAGGGAGAUGAGGGAUCUGGGAGGAAGAAGGAUCAGGAGGCUGGCGACGCUGACAGGGCGCUGUCGGUGGUCGAGAAGAAGCUUUCGAAAAAUCUGAGUACCGCCGCCACGGUCAACGAGCUGAUUCAGCAGGCGACGGACGAGCGCAACCUUGCUACGCUGUUCGUGGGGUGGUCUGCUUUCUACUAG